GCAGAAGAGGAAGAGGAACAAGAGAAGCUCCAUAGCCAUGGCAACCAAAAGAAUAACACUUUUUUUUCCACAAUUUUCAAGAAUUAAAGCUUUUUCCGGAAUGGGUUUCUUGGAGAAACCGGAAACUUCCGCCAAAACUAAUGUUAUCACAGCAUCGAUCAAAAAUCAAGCAGCCAGCGAAGGAAUUGACAAGAGCAUCUAUGCAAUACUGACCGUUGAUCGCUGGGAAUCACUGAACCAGAUGGAGUAUAAGUUAGCUUCGCUAAGGCCAGUUCAUGGGAGGCUGGCUUUGAAAUUUUUGGAGUGGUUCAUAAAACAACCAGGUCUGGAGCUAAAUCACAUUAUACACAUGCACUGUAUCACUUCCCAUAUACUUGUAAGAGCUAGAAUGUAUGAUUCUGCUAAGUCAAUUUUUAGGAAUUUAUCAGAAAUGGGUGUUGGGUCAAAAUCUGUUCUUGGUGCACUUAUGGAUACUUAUUCCCUCUGCAAUUCGAACCCUUCAGUUUUUGAUGUUUUAAUCAGGGUUUAUGUGAGAGAAGGAAUGGUCAAUGAUGCUCUGGAGGCAUUUUAUUGGAUUGGUUCUUGUGGAAUUACACCAUCAGUUUACACUUGUAACAUGAUUCUUGCAGCAAUUUCAAAGUGCCAGGGUGCUGAGUCUGUUUGGUCAUUUUUCAAGGAAAUGCUUGCAAAAUGUAUAUGCCCCAAUCUCAAUACAUUUAACAUACUCUUACAUGUUCUCUGCACAACGGGAAAGCUCAAGAAAGCAAAUUUCUUGCUUAAAAGGAUGGAGGAGAGUGGCUACAUUCCCGAUGUAGUUACUUAUAAUACUUUGCUUAAUUGGUACUGCAAGAAGGGAAGGUAUAAAUCAGCAUCGGAGCUGAUUGAUCGCAUGGCUUGUAAAGGUCUCAAGGCUGAUGUUUGUACAUAUAACAUGUUUAUAGAUGAUUUGUGUAAGAAUAAUAGGAGUGCAAAAGGGUAUUUACUUUUGAAAAAGAUGAGGAAGAGAUUGGUAAUUCCAAAUGAAAUCACCUACAAUACUCUAAUUAAUGGGUUCAUGAAAGAGGGGAAGAUUGUAGUUGCGAUGAAGAUUUUUCAUGAGAUGAUGAAGUUGAAUCUGUCACCAAAUUGUAUCACUUUCAAUGCUUUAAUUGAUGGGUACUGCCGGGCAGGCAAGCUUGAAGAUGCUUCAGAACUUCUGAAGGAAAUGGAAACAAGAGGACUACACCCUAAUGAAAUCAGUUACGGGGCUCUUUUGAAUGGGUUCUGCAGACUUGGAAAACUAGAUUCUGCAAGACAUAUAUUUGAGAGGAUGAGGAAGAACGAUAUAGCUUUAGAUCAUGUAGCUUACACAAUGCUAAUUAAAGGGCUAUGCAAAAGGGGGAUGCUUGAAGAAAGUCUUGAUCUUUUCAAUGAAAUGGUUGGCAGCGAUAUAUGCCCUGAUGCUAUUGUAUACUCGGUGCUUUUAAAUGGGUUUUUUAGUGCUGGAAGGAUAAAGCAUGCAGAAGAGAUAUGGUGUAAAAUGUACAAAGUUGUAGCUUUGCCAAAUGAGAUCGUGCAUUCUACCCUAGUUUACAAUUUUUGCAAGCAGAAAGAUGUCAUCAAAGCAAUGAAAAUCUACCAAGUGAUGCUGGAAAAUGGCCAUGGUGCUGACCUGUCUGUAUGCAAUUUACUUAUUUCUUGUCUUUGCAAAUGUGGAAAGGUAAGGGAAGCAGAGGAUUUCAUGCGUCACAUGCAAAGGAUUGGUCUGGUUCCUAAUGCUGUUAGUUUUGAUUUUGUAAUUAGUGGCUAUGGACAUGCGGGUGAUGGCUUUAAGGCAUUAUCCUUGUUUGAUGAAAUGAUCGAAUUGGGCAAUCACCCUACCCUUCACACUUACGGAAGCAUAUUAAAGGGACUGUGCAAAGGAGGAAACUUUAUGGAGGCAAUUGAAUUAUUUGAUAGACUUCGUUAUGCUCAUUCUGUCGUUGAUGUUAAUAUCUACAAUACGGUUUUGGCUGAGAUAUGCAACUUAGGAGAUAUGAACAUGGCAUUGAUCCUUUUUGAUGAGAUGGUGGAAAAUCAUGUGAUCCCUGAUGGCUAUACAUAUGCUAAUCUCAUUACCGGGUUCUGCAAAAAGGGUAAAAUAGCUGCUGCAGUUCUUAUAUUGUCGAGAGCAUUGGAAAGAGGAACUUCAUUUUCUAACCGGCUGAUGUAUACUAGUAUAAUAGACGGGCUUUUCAAGAGUGGUUUGCCAAAGGUUGCUGCUUUCUUCUAUGAUGAGAUGAUAAAGCAAGGGCUUAGGCCUGAUACAAUGACACUAAAUGCAAUGAUAGAUGGGUACUCAAGAAUUAGUCAAAUGGCUCGAGCAAAUCGAUUCUUCUCAAUUAUGAUGGUGAAAUCUCUGUCUCCUAAUCUGGAUACAUAUAACAGCCUAUUACAUGGCCACUCAAGACUGCGAAAUAUGUCAGAAUGUUCUGAAUUGUAUCAUUCAAUUACAAGAAAUGGUCUUAGUCCAGAUGUAUCGACCAGACAAUCUGUUAUCUUUGCACUUUGUGAGUCGGGUAUGUUGGAUGUUGGGGUUAAAUUUAUGAAAAAGAUGAUAAUGGAAGGAGCAGUAAUAGAUAAAUUUUCGUUCAACAUGCUAAUCGCCAAAUACAGUGAGAAGGGAGAGAUGCAGAAGGCCUUAGAUGUGCUGAAUGUUAUGAACUUAGUGGGUUAUUUUCCCGAUGGAGAUACUUACGAAUCCAUACUUAAGGGACUGAAAAGAACGUCUAAUUUCCGAGGCUCUCGCAUUAUCUUGCAAGAAAUGCUGGAAAAGGGGUUUAUGCCUACCGAUAGACAGUACAGUGGUGUCGUAAGUGGUAUGUGUAGAGCGGGAGAUAUACAAGGAGCGUUCAAGUUGAAGGCUGAAAUGGAGUCACUAGGUGUUAGCUCUCGUAAUGUUGCCGAGAGUGCUAUUGUUCGAGGGCUUGUGCGCCGUGGGAAGAUGGAGGAAGCGAUGUAUGUACUCGAUUGUAUGCUAAGGGUCCCACUUCUCCCAAGCGUCGCAACGUUUACAACACUAAUGUAUGGGUUGUGUAAAGAGACUAAAAUCUCCGAUGCCUUGAAGUUAAAAGAGGCAAUGGAACUUCAUGGUGCAAACCCCGAUGUUGUUGUUUAUAAUGUUCUCAUUACGGGCCUUUGUGUUAACGGUGACAUAGACCAAGCCUUCGAUCUGUACGAGGAGAUGAAACAGAGAGCCAUCUGCCCUAACAUCACCACCUUUGCUACUCUUGUCAAUGCAGUUCAGUCGGGCAAUGAUCCACUGAAGGGCGAAACUCUUCUAGUGGACCUUCGGGAGCGAGGACUGAUAACCCAAAAGCCCGGUCCAGAAGCUAUACAUGAAAGAUUGACAGUUGUGAUGCAGAAGCUGAACUUCUUGAGGAAGAAAAGGACACAUGGUAGCAAAGAAAGGGUGAAAAGCGCAUCAAAUGUUGCAGAAAAGUACAAUCAUUAUGGCGUUUGAUUCAUUUUGUCAACAAACCAUCAUGAGAGUGCGUUUUUGUGCCAAUGGCCAGAUUUGGAAGCUUUUACACCAACCACAGUAAAGUUGGAGCCUGAAGCUUAAAAGGUUUCCAUGAGCAGAAAAAACUUGAACUUUGACACUCGAGAUGAGAUUGGUAACGCAAAGGUUCUACCUUUAAUCACUAUUCUUGAAAAGGGAACCUCAGAUUUCUCGAGUUUCCGACUUUGUAAGCUUCUAGGUAGAUGUUUGCUGUCACGGUUGUGCACACGCUUCUAGGGAGAUGGUCAGACUGCAAACACCACAGUUUGAGUUGAUGUUGGAGACAGCUAGAUGCAGGCAUGCACUAAGACCCAUGGCAUGCCCAGGAACCUGUCACAAGAGCCUCACAGUCCCUCUUUUCGAUACAUUAGGUUUUUCAGCUCACGCCAGACUAAUUCGAAGCCCUCAAAACUCGUAUCCAAGAGUCACUGGAAGAGGUAAAUCGCGAGUCGUCUUGUCAGUCUUCAUCACUUCUGAUCAAUCAAGGUCUCCCAAUGAUCCCCGGGUUCCAGUAAGAGCAAGGUUUUAGGGUGAUUGGUCGAACAAAAUGAGAUUUUGAUUUGGAUCGUCUGCUGUCCUCAACAAAAGAUUAUUCUUGCUGCUCCCAUGGCAGACAGAAUAUAGCAAAAUUUUGGGGGAAAUAAUAAAAUUUCCCCUCAGUUGACCUCUAUUCUGUUUUUAUUAUUUGUAUAGGUCACCGGCUUAUUCUCCUGAACUUAAAGCUUCAUUCUUUAUUCCUUCACAAUUCCACUCCAUCUUCAUGUUGUUUUACUAUUUUAUUCGAGAAUUUUUACAAUGGGGACUAGUAAAAGUGUUUGAUGUGAUUCUUUAUUAUCAUAGUGGGAAUUGGGAAAGACUCUUCAAGUAAGAUUGUCACUUCAAGAAUUUGAGAAUACAUGAAUGGAUUAAAUAUCAAGAAAACAUGGUUUGAAUGUUAAGUAAGACUGUUUCAAGACACAGACAGACAUGAUGAAACGCAUCUACAGUUCUUGUAAUAAUUACGUUAAAGAAUCGAUUUUUACCGAGUACGAUGAAUUGUAGUUACCGUGUUAAUCUAAUUGGAAAUGUUAACCUUAAAGAAAAAAAAGAAAAAAAAAAUUCUGGGCGUUCACAUGAUGUGGUGGGGACAUAGACGCAUUACAUUAUUCCUCUCUGCGUUAACGAAAAGUCGAAAACCACCACCACCGCACUCCUCUAUACAUACACUGCCGCUGUUGAUUUGCCCAUUUGCGAUUUCUCUCUCUUUCUCUCUCUCUCUCUCUCUCUCUUGCUCGCUUUCUCUCCCUCUGCCAAUAGCACAAUUCAUUUUCCAGCAAGACUCAUCUAGUGAGUGGAUUCAUGUCGGAAGAGAAGGGUCGACCCUUGCCAAAGUUUGGUGAAUGGGAUGUUAACGACCCAGCUUCAGCAGAAGGAUUUACUGUGAUUUUUAACAAGGCCAGGGAUGAAAAGAAAACGGGUGGUAAGCCUGAAUCACCAUCAAAGGCUGAUUCCAACACUAAACCUGCAGCAGAUCCAUCAAAACCACCGGCUAAAAAAUGGUUUUGCUGCAUACAGAACCCUCAUGUGGAUUCUUGACAAGGCUGUGGAAAAGGCGAAAAGCUGAAAAUGGGAUUGAAUAUCCAUAAUCAAUUUGGCGUUUUCCAUUUACAAGAGGAGCCGGAGGCUCUUGUGUUCUUCUGCUGGAAUCUAUUUUAUCAUGUAAAAUUAUGUUAGUGUGGGGUGCAGGUAUCUUAAAAGACAUAAAAGAUAUUUUACAUAUCUAUAUAUGCUUUAUCUGGUAAUAGAUAUACUUCACAGAUGAGCUUUCUGUUUGCUUUAACCUACCCAUGGUCUCUGUCAAUCAUAAUUCUUUUGUGAUGCUUAAAGUUUUGUCACCCAUUUUUAUGUUUGUGUAGCCAAGUUUAACUGUUGCAAUUUCGCCUGUGUAUUCUUCAUGUUAUAUACACUAGAAUUUGG